AUGGAGGCGCCCUCCGAUCCUGACUCACUCCGCUCACGCUUACUUGACCUCUUACCAUGCCAAGCAGACAUCGAUCUGCUGACAGAAUUGAGUCAUGGCUGGUGGCUAGUGAGGAGGCACAUAGUACCCGCCUUGUUGCGCAUGACAGAGUAUGAUCCUCAGACUGACCUCAGCAUUGCGGAGAUCUCCAACGCACGUCCAGUGGUGAUAGCCAGACUCCUGCUGUGCAUCGCAAUAUGCAUCCAACAAUUGCCACCCGAUUGCGAUCAAGCAGUGUUCAAGUCCUCGAGAUCGCUGGAAGAUGUCGAGGCCCGGAUCGUCUCGACAGUGAAGGCACUCACAUAUACCGACGCAGUAAUGAGCAAUGUAGAAGUUGUUGAGUGUCUCAUACUGCUGGGUAUCUAUGACGUUAACGAAGGCAAUUUCCAUUCCUCAUGGCUCUCCUUCCGUAGAGCAAUCAGUGUAUCGCAACUCCUAGGCAUGCACCGAAGAUCGGUCUCGUCGAAUGCAGAGACCUCAGACUUGACACAAGCAAAAAGACACUUUAUGUGGUUUCGCAUCGUGGAAGGGGAGCGAUACCAGUCCCUUCUUCUGGGCGUUCCUUCCGCCACGGGAUCAGCACCGUUCCCGUUCGACGACACUGCUGCCUGGCUAACACCCGAAGACCACUAUAGCAGGGAAUUGGGCAUCAUCGCCGGCUUUCUAGUGGAGCGGAAUCAAGGCGAUGUUAUGCAUGCCCUGUCGGCCACCCAUGAGAUUGAUGAGAAGCUGACUACACUUGCCGCGUCAAUGCCACAAGCAUGGUGGAACGUACCUCAUAACCUGGAGAUCGGCCGCAACGACGAGUCAGGCACUCAAUUCGAGUGUGUAGUCUGUCAAAUCUGGCACUUUGAAAUGCAAGCGCUGACGCACCUGCCAUUCAUGCUACGAGCUGCUAAGGACUUGCGCUUCGAGUACUCUCGCAUCUCAUGCUUACAAGCUUGCCGAAAUCUGAUCAACACCUGGGACUCAAUGCGAAGAGUGCAUGGCGCCACUUUCAUGAGCCGUCUUUUUGACUUCCAGGCUUACACCGCUGCAAUAACUCUGCUGCUGGGCCUCUUCGGUCGGGUGCGGCAGCCUUCCGGCGCGACGGAUACUGCUACCAGACGUGACGACCUCGAGCUUGCCAGAGCUGUUGCGCUGGAGCUUGAGAAGACUAAACAGACUCGGCAUGGCCACCACGAAGUGAUAAACGAUGUCGGUGCAAUCAAUUUCUUGCUUGCUACACUGAGAGAUGAAAGCGGGACAGAGAGGUCCGCACAUCUAGUCGUGCCUCACUUUGGUAGCGUCGUGGUCCGUCUCAACGAAGCCGUGCGUCCGGUCGAAGGCGAGCGUAUCGUUGGCGCAGCCCCAGCAUCGCACACAGCCGAUCAUUUUGCACCGAUGGAUCAGAGAUCCAAUGUACGCCCUGCUGUAGACAUAACACCAAUUACAAACUAUGAUGCCACUACUGGAUCGAUGCCGGCGACUGGAGCAGGACCCGUCUGGGAUGGUCAGUUUGAUAGUGGUGGCAUUCAGUUCACAAGCUCACAGAUGCCAAUCCUUGACCCGCUGUCAGUCGCACAGGACAUGGACUGGCUUCUUCAAGAUGACAGCAACAGACUGUUCGAAGGUCUGCUAGACAACAACACCGGUCGAGGUUGGGAAUUUUGA